GGCGUGGCGUGGGGAUGAAAAGGGGCGUGUCUGGUGAACAGGGCGUGGGUGUGGGUUUCCUAUGGAGGCGCAGAGCCUGAGGAGGACCGAGGAGAUACUGACGCGCUGCCUUUCGUUCCUGGAUGCUGAGAACAACACAGCAAACCGAUGGAGAUCUGGAGAGCUGGCGUGACGCGCCGUGGGCAGGUUUGGCGCAGCGUGCGCUGGAGUCCCCACAUGAAGUGGUUUCGGUUAUAAUGUGAGGACCUGGUGAGCUCGGCGGUAUGGAGUCCCUGCGUGUGCCAUGUUUCCUGCGCUGUGUCCUCCCGCCCAGGAUCGCGACCCAUGGGAUGUAGUAAAUGGAGAGCUGCGUUCAACUCUGGACCCCUGAGGGCGCAGUCCAAGCUGUCCGUCUUCCUGACCAUGAUCUUUCUCUUCACUUACCUCUUCUACUGCCUCAGCGAGUACUGCGAAUCACUGCCCGGACCCGCGUACCAACAUCCCGUCUCAAGCAAUGACGCUCCAGAAGGCGAGCGCCUCCUCGGUGCGCACGACGCCUCCCCGGAGUCGCUGCUCCGGCGGCAGCAGUCGGCCUCUCCAAACGGACUCCGUUCUUCCAACAACAUCUCCAUCACCAACAACUUCGGCAGCAAAAAGCUCCCCCAGGCCAUCAUCAUCGGCGUGAGGAAGGGCGGCACUCGGGCUCUGCUGAAGUUCCUGCGCGUCCAUCCGGACGUGAGGGCCGUGGGCGCAGAGCCGCACUUCUUCGACCGCUUCUACGACAAGGGGCUGGAGUGGUACAGGAGCUUAAUGCCUCGUACUCUGGAGGGUCAGAUCACCAUGGAGAAGACCCCCAGCUACUUCAUCACCAAAGAAGCCCCUCAGCGCAUCCAGUCCAUGAGCCGGCAGGCUAAGCUCAUCGUGGUGGUGCGAGACCCGGUGACCCGAGCCGUGUCCGACUACACCCAGUCCGUGUCCAAAGCGCCUGAGCUGCCGUCCUUCCAGAGCAUGGCCUUCCGUAACACCACCACGGGGCUCAUCGACACGUCCUGGAGCGCCAUACGCGUCGGCAUCUACGCCAAGCACCUGGAGAACUGGCUGCGCUACUUUCCUCUGUCCCGUUUCCUGUUCGUCAGCGGGGAACGCCUGGUGACGGACCCGGCGGGCGAGAUGGGACGAGUCCAGGACUUUCUAGGCCUCAAACGGGUGGUGACAGACAAGCACUUCUACUUCAACCAGACCAAAGGUUUCCCGUGCCUGAAGAAGCCUGUGGGCAGUGCCAGGCCCCGCUGCCUGGGGAAGUCUAAGGGCAGACCUCAUCCUCAGAUACCAUCCGAGGUCCUGCUCCGGCUCAGAGACUUCUACAGACCCUUCAAUCUCAAGUUCUACCAAAUGACCGGCCAGGAUUUUGGCUGGAGCUGAACGGCUACCACCAAAGCUCUGAAAAUCCACCAGUCAGGCUGGCUGAAGCUGCGUGUUUGUCCUCAAGGCAAAAAUGAGGCUUAGAAACUCUAAGCUACAAGUUCUUGAGCCACGUUAGCAAACCGGAACUCCUCAGAACCACUGAGACAUGCACACUGCUUCAUCUGUCCGUUCUGGGAACUUCUUGCCUUUAGCACCUCAAAAAGGUUAAAGCGUUUGUCCAAACCGUUUUAAAGCACAACCUGAGAUUACAAGCAAAGCAGCUGCAGUUAAUCUGUUGGUCAAAGGGCUAAAGAACCUCUACAGAACCACACAGGCCAAGGAAAGCACUUAGAGUAAUGGUAGAACCACAUGCAAACAGGUUGGGUACCAGUUGU